AUGGACAACAAGGAGAUGAGGUUUUAUGAAAAAAUAGAGGGUAAAGGAAAUAUUUGCGCAUCAGAGUUGGAAGCAAAGACUACAGGGACGAAUCAUCCUGUGGUCAUCAUUUCACGCCCUCAGAGCGAUGGGUCUAGGGUCCAGACGACACCAAAAUUUGUAAUCCAUAAACCAUCAAACUUCCCAUACAAGGAUGACAAAAUGGUACCGUGGAGUUAUGGAUGUAACGUGACAAUCUUGGAAAAAGAAGCAGAAAGAAAUCAGGAAGUAGGUUCUUACACAUGCAAUGGGAAACGCUAUGACGCUCAGGCAGAACCGUUAAGAGAAGAGAAUUGGAAGAAAGAGCAAAAGAAAGGAAAGGUCGUUGAGCCAUCGGUUAAUAAGCCGGUGAAAAAAGAUGAGGCAAAGGAAUUUUUAAAGUUUUUAAAACAUAGCGAAUAUAGUGUUGUGGAACAGCUACGCAAACAGCCAACCCGCAUUUCUAUAUUGGCUUUGCUCUUAAGUUCAGAAGCACAUCGAAAUGCACUAUUGAAAGUAUUAAAUGAAACAUACGUGGCGGAAGACAUUUCGGUGAACAAGUUGGAUCGGUUGGCCAGCAAUAUAAAUGCUGACAAUUUUAUCUUCUUCAGUGAUGACGAAAUACCAUCUGGAGGAAGAGGUUCCACUAAAGCCUUGCAUGUCACUGCCCGAUGCGAAGGGUACAUACUCCCGGGGAUCCUGAUUGAUAACGGGUCUGCACUGAGCGUAUUACCUUUAUCUAUUCUUAGCCGGUUAUCAGUAGACAGUUCCCAUAUAAAAACGAGCCAGAGCAUAGUAAGGGCAUUUGAUGGAACAGAAAAGAGGGUUAUGGGGAGAAUUGAGGUACCGUUAAGGAUUGGCCCAAUUACUUAUGAUGUGGACUUCUUGGGGAUAGAUAUUAAGCCUUCCUACAACUGUUUAUUGGGAAGGCCAUGGAUACACUCAGUUGGGGUAGUACCUUCAUCACUACACCAGAAGGUGAAGAUAGUAUCAGAGGGUCGGUUGAUCACCAUAAAUGUGGAGGAAGAUAUCAUCGCGACAGUAACUGGCGAUGCACCUUACGUGGAGAUUGAUGAUGAGGCAGUGGAAUGCUCUUUUCAGUCUUUAGAAUUUGUAAACGCGAUGUUCAUUGCUGAAAGAAGCAGAGUUCCUGUACCAAAAAUAUCCAAGACCGCUGAGAUGGGGCUGCAAUUGAUGAUUGGAAGAGGGGCUGCACCCGGAAAAGGAUUGGGAAAGUAUCUUCAAGGAAAGAUUGAAGCACCGAUGCUGAAGGAAAAUUUUGACAGUUAUGGCUUAGGAUACAAGCUAGACAUGAAGCAGAAGAAGAAAUAG